AUGGAGGGGAUCUUUGAGGCGGUGAACGACGGAUGGUUCGAGGAGACCUUCGGGGUGGUGCCGCUUAAGGUGGAGGCGGAAGCAUUCGGUGAGGGCGGUUUCCUCUCCAGCAUGCGACGACUUACACUGGAGUGGCCCACAGGCGCAGCAGAGGACCUCCUCCCACAGGCCUUGGUCUUGAAAGCAGCUCCUGCCGCUGAGCAUCCUGCGCACGAGUUCAUCACGCAGCUGCACCUCCAUACCCGUGAAGUGGCCUUCUACCGCGACCUGGCGGACCUGCGGCGAACCUGGCGCUACCCCGUGGCACACGAGGUGAACGGCCUGCCCUUGGUGAGAGCGUGGGGUGCCCCGAGAUGGGCCGAUGGGGAGGAGGAUUUGGGCAUCGAAGGGUCGCUGUUGGUGAUGGAGCACUUGGACAUGGAGCAGCCAAGCUUCCACCAGGGCCUUGUGACCCACCAAAUGGCCACGCUGCUGCGCUCCGUCGCACAGCUCCACGGUGCCCUCCUGCGACGACGUGACGACGUCCUCGGCGCUCCUCGUGAGCAUGGUCUGCGGUGUGGACGCUGGCCGGAUGCAUGCAAGAGGUAUUUCUUGAAGGCCUGCAAGGACCUUCUGGCCGAGAGUGGCGCCCAGCUGAUGGAUGUAAGUCGAAAGUGCAGACCCAGCCUAGGCCUAGGCGAUCGGGAGAUCCAAUGGUUGAAAAGCUGGAUGUCGGCCGAGGACUUUGAGGAGCGGCUGCGACGAGUCCUAUGGUCAGAGGAAGAGGUCUAUGUGUCCAUCGCUCAUGGGGAUUUGUGGUGCAACAACCUCUUGAUGGACCAAGAGAAGGUCAUCAUUCUAGAUUGGCAAUUUGUGACGGAGCGAUCUCCUUUGAAUGACAUCGCCUACCUCAUGGGAUCAAGCAUGAAUGCUGAAGAGCGGAUUCAGCAUGAAGAGAUGCUGAUCCGUGAGGUCUACAUCCCUGCAUUGAAGGAGGCCAGCUCCAUGUCCAUUGAUCCCUCCUUCGAUUGGGUGAAGCAUUAUCACCAGUGCAAGGAGUCAGCACUACUGGCAUCAGUCAUGAGUUUCGACGUGCAAUACAUCAACCCAGUGGAGAAGCAUCCUGAGGCGGCUGAGGCCUUAUGGCAGCGGUACCUGACCCUCUUCCAGGAGGUUGCACAAGUGAAGGGCUGCACCGGCUGA